UCUCCAGGGACGGGGACCUUCGGGCGCGUGCACUUGGUGAAGGAGAAGGCUGCUAAGAACUACUUUGCCCUCAAGGUCAUGAGCAUCCCCGAGGUCAUCCGCUUGAAGCAGGAGCAGCAUGUUCACAAUGAGAAGUCGGUCCUCAUGGAGGUCAACCACCCCUUCCUCGUCAAGCUGUUCUGGACGAGCCACGACGACCGCUUCCUCUACAUGCUGAUGGAGUACGUGCCCGGCGGCGAGCUCUUCGGCUACCUGCGCAACCGCGGCCGCUUCCCCUGCAGCACGGGGCUCUUCUACGCCACCGAGAUCGUGUGCGCCAUUGAGUACCUGCACUGCAGGGACAUCCUCUACAGGGACCUGAAGCCGGAGAACAUACUCUUGGAUCAGGACGGCCACAUCAAGCUCACGGACUUCGGGUUCGCCAAGAAGCUAGUGGACAGGACGUGGACCCUCUGCGGGACCCCUGAAUACCUCGCCCCUGAAAUCAUCCAGAGCAAAGGCCACGGGCGGGCCGUGGACUGGUGGGCGCUGGGCAUCCUCAUCUUCGAAAUGGUGGCAGGGUUCCCCCCGUUUUUUGAUGACAACCCAUUUGGCAUCUACCAGAAAAUUCUCGCAGGGAGGAUAGAUUUCCCGAGGUAUUUGGAUUUCAGCACAAAAGACCUCAUUAAGAAAUUGCUGGUGGUGGACAGGACCAAGCGCCUGGGCAACAUGAAGAACGGCGCCAAUGACGUCAAGCAGCACCGGUGGUUCCGCACUGUGGACUGGGACGCUGUCCCCCAGAGGAAGCUGAAGGUGACCCUCUUUUGAACAUUCCUUACAGAAC